UCAUCAACACACGCUUGCUUCCAGUGCGCAGCCACCUGUCGGCCACAAUACGAAGCUGCAGGACUGCUCCCAUUCGUCGGCGGGAGAGGAGGAGGCCGUCGUGGGUUCACUUGGUCGGACCCGUAGAGCAUUGCCGCCAGUCUUUGUUGAAGUAGGCGAACGGUGCGGUCGUGUUUUCCGUCCCUGUUUUUGCAGCAAACAUGUCUGGAAGAGGCAAGGGCGGCAAGGGCCUGGGCAAGGGUGGUGCCAAGCGCCAUCGCAAGGUUCUUCGCGAUAACAUCCAGGGGAUCACCAAGCCUGCAAUCCGUCGCCUAGCCCGCCGCGGUGGUGUCAAGCGCAUUUCCGGCCUCAUCUAUGAAGAGACCCGCGGCGUCCUCAAGGUCUUCCUGGAGAACGUCAUUCGCGAUGCCGUCACCUACACCGAGCACGCCAAGAGGAAGACCGUGACGGCCAUGGAUGUGGUGUACGCCCUCAAGAGGCAAGGCCGUACCCUCUAUGGUUUCGGUGGUUAACAGCCGUCUCGCCGUCGGACACACAUCGAAAACGGCCCUUUUCAGGGCCAAACCAGU